AUGGCAACUGAGGCCUCUCAGAACCCUGACAAUCCUGGUGACACGUCUGCUGGCGAGAACUGGCCACAGCCUGAGAUCACUACAGAGGUUCAGGACGGCAGCGUCAACACGCCUGAUGUCGUUAGUGAACUGGAUCACAACCUACUCAUCGCUGAAACUCCCCAGUCUCCCACCACUACCCUGGUUAAUGAGGAGACACUCACUACUACCGACCAUCCUGGUGACACGUCUGCUAGCGAAGACAAGUCUCAGUCUGAGAUUGAUACAGAGGUACAAGACGGCAGCACCAACGCGCGUGAAGUCGUUAACGACCCGGACCGCAACCCAACCGCUGCCGAGAUCGAAAGAGACCCCAUCUUUAAAGAGUCUGGCUUCUACUCAUUCCCAUGUGUUUUGCUCGACAAUAACGACCAAUCAUUCCCUGACUUUUCCGAGCCACGCAUUGACAUCCGACUCACGAUCAAGUGGAAUGAUGAGUGGGGUGUCCCAAGCGCUGAGUGUCCAGCGAAUGCAACCUUUCGGAUUUUCAAUAACCAGAUCGAGUCAAUUGAGCCGCUUCUCGUUGUCUCCCAUGACCCUAAGAAAGAGCCCCAAACUUUUGCCGAUGCCAUGAAGGUCAUUACUCCUAGUAAUGAAAUCCCCGCUUUUGCUGAGCUUCUUGCCAUGCAAUUUGGCAUCUUUGAGAGCAAGAAAGUUAUGAACCUGAUCGCGGAGAAUCGGCUUUGGGUUAUUUGCAUCAAAAUGAAGCAGCUUGAAUACGACGACAUGUUCGGCAAUUGUACAAACUUGGAGAUUGAACCUGAUCUCCAGCGGUUUGGGAUUGGCCUGUUCAAUCAGACUCACACGUACGGCAAUCAAACCGAUAAAGCGCGGGCUGUUCGUGACAUCUUCUACAACGACGAUCUGUUCUGUUUCGUUGUCAAGGGACCUCAUCUCGACGAUAUUAUCAAUGAUUUCAGAGUCUCUAUGGAUAAUACCCCUCGGUUUCCAUUCGCUGGGUUCUUCGGAAAACAUUUCGAUAAGCCGUUUGUUCAGUGUGGAGACUAUACGCCGAAGGAAAAACGUCCAGAGAUCAGGCCAGAAACGAACAUCGCUUUCCGCAACGAUGAUUACUACACGGUCUUCUUGGGCUAUGCGGCCAUUGCAGAGCACGAGAGCGAAAUGGUUGGUUGUGAGCAAGGCAAUUACUUUGAUGCGUAUAUCAGGGUCACUCCAAUCAGCAAGCAGGAGAAAAACAAGUUCAUCGGUUUCCUGGAGCUGCCGAGUUACAUUGCACGUUUGAAAGUUAACUCUGUCAUUUCCUUGCGUUUCCAGGAGGAGGCAACGGCCAACCCGGAAGCCCGUGUUGCUGAUCCAAACGUGGAACCAAAGCGGCAUGUUUCUACUACGCCCAAGGAUAUGGAUGUUUGGCUUGGUCGCGUGGUCGAUCCUCUCCCAGCUGCCCCGAAUGACACAACAUCGGUGAUUAUUUACAGGCCAUACAACGAGUCUCCAAACGCUUGUCAAGCUUCUCUGAUCCUAGAUGGCAAUACGAAAAAGGACAGAGAUACCAUCAGGGAUGCCAUGAGUCAGAAGGUUCAAUGCAAAAUUCCAGCAAACGAAAAGCAGUUCAAGCAACUUCUGGGUUGCAUCCACGAUUUUCAGGCCAAGUGCAACAAGGAAGUCCACGAUCCGCUCAUGGGUGGUGACUCGAUGAACAUCCCCCGAUACGACUUCUGGAAAGACAUCGACCCUGCCCUUGUCGAUCUCGCGAAAAGGAAUGAUCGCAUCUACACGGAUGCUAGUCAAAUCUUCACGAACUUGGGUCAUAUGCCGGGACGCCUUUUUGUCGCAAAGCGCAGUAACUUUGAGUACCCCGUUCACCCAAAGGAUUUCGAUGGUAGCUGGCUUCCAACAUUCACCAGUUAUGUUAAGUCUACUGUCGGGGAAAACGAGGCUCCUCAGAAGAAAAUGGUCAAAGGACAAUCUGUCAUUGUCUGCCCAACAAACGCCUCGGCCGACAAUACCGCGGAGAGACUGGAUAAUCUUGCGACACGGCUCCUCCCUGACGAACCUGUGAUGAUCAUUCGAGUACAUUCCCUUGAAUCGGAGUUUAGUAUUGCGGAGGGCAGGUAUACCAUACCGCAAAGGACAUACCCUAUGACCGAUCCAAUCAGUCAGCCUGAGCAUGAGUCGAACAAAAGCCAAGCAGACGACAUGGAUGAGGAGUUCGCAUACAACGCUGUCAUCGCGUAUCUUGAUAGCGUUAAAUUACACUUUGAUCGCACAGAGCCUAAGACGAAGUCUCCAAUCGACGGACUUCAGGAUCACCGCGUCAAGACGCUGAAAUACUCACUGGGGACGCGCAUGCUACAAGUCGCUGGGCUCGUUGAAGGUCCAUUCAAGUCGGAAGAGAAAUUCCCAAACUUUAUCUUGCUGUACCGUAACCGCCUGGGUGCCGGCGGUCGCCUUGAACAAGAUGAAGAAAGGCGCUUCAAAUCUGAUUGUAAACGACUUAUGCGCCUCGUGAUUGGUAUGGCGGACAUCAUUGUUUCUUGCCCUUCGGCAAUCGCUCAGCCCAUCCUAUAUCAUAGUCUGCAUCCUUCUUUUGUGGCGUUUGAGGAGGCUACUAUGAUGAAAGAACCAGAGAUUUUGCCAAUCCUGGUUUACUUGUUCCCGAUUGCCUUCGGAUUUUUCGGGGAUCCUAAGCAACUUGGCCCAACGAUUGUGUCGACUACCGAGGAAAACCCCUUCAGGUCCCAACUGGCUGUUUCCCUUCUCCCUCGACUCAUCACCGCGGGAUACGACGUCGGGAAACUGAUUGUACAGCGCAGAUUAGCAUGGGACAUCCACGAUUUAGUGACUACCGUUUUCCACCAGGAAAUGCUGCGUUGGGAUUUCGAACACAAGAUCGACCCCACUGGUUUGGUCAACCUUGUCAAGACAUUCAACAAGCGGAACUUCGACAUCGACUCCAAUGUCGCCUUCCUCAAUUCGGAACACGGGCAGCAGAGUAUGUGUGGAACAUCAUACAUGAACGAUGCCAAUGUCCGGGACGCUCUCGACCUCGCCGAUAACCUUCAUAAUGCUAUGGGAGCAUCUUUCGACUCAAUCGUAAUCCUAACUGGAUACGAAGGGCAGUACAGAGCGUAUUUGCAAGAGGCGGACAGACGCAGCAAUAACUCGCAGAUCCCGUGGCUUGAUCUAAAUAUCCAGAAGAUCGAGACUUUCCAAGGAAGUGAAUGUGACUUCGUCAUUUUCGAUGCGGUACGCACUAAGGGCCUUGGCUUUAUGGCAAACUUCCGGCGCUGGCAUGUUGCUCUGAGUCGCGCACGAUUUGGCCUUUGGGUUAUGUAUUCAGAUACUGUUCUUCGAACUGACCCUUUCGCCAAAACUUCGAAGUACAUCCAGGGGAUGCGGGAAUUUGCCAGCUCCAAGCAAUUGAAAGUGACACUGAAAAAGCCAGAGUAUGAGUCGUUCCCAGAAAUUCCUCAGGGCAAAAGCGUUACUACUUCUGGGGUCAGUGCUCACAAUAAACUGCGUGCUGCCUAUGCUGCUCGUCGUGCUGCUCGUCGUGCUGCAAAUGUUAGUGAGGCAUCUGCUACUGGCGAGACAUCUACUGCUAGUGAAGCACCUACUACUAGUGAAGCAUCUGACUGGUGA